UGAUUCUGAAUUUACUUACAUGGAUUUUGAGAAAUGUAGCACUAAUGCUUCUGAAGAAAGUAAUAAAGAGAAUAUUGAUCAAAUUGCUUUUGCAAGUGUUCAAGCCUUAUUAAAUGAUGAUGAUAAAAAUGAUGACAUAGAUUAG